AUGUCGGACAGCUCCCAUGCAGAGCAGGAGAAGCCGACAUUGGGUGAGGUCAUUGAUCAAAUUGGACUCGGACCAGCCCAGGUUCGCGCAAGCCUCCUGGGUGGCGGAGUUUGGCUUGCAGAUGGCUCCGAGCUACUGCUGAUCGGCAGCGUUGCCGACACGCUGGCGAGAGAAUGGCAGCUCUCACUUUUUCUGAAGGGCUUCGUGGUCACUGUGGUCUAUACAGGAGUCAUGAUCGGGAACAUCUCCAGUGGACCUUUGGGCGCCUACCUGGGACGAAGGGAGUUGGUAAUCGCUUCCUACACAGGCAUUUUCAUCUUCAGCAUUCUCUCCUCCACAGCUGCUAGUAUAGCGGCACUUCUCGUUUGGAGGUUCAUUGUGGGCUGGAGCAUCGGUGCUGGACAGCCGGCAUGGAUGGCAAUCGCGGUUGAGAUUACACCUUCCAACUGGAGGAUGGUUACAGGAGGGAUUUCACAGAACCUGUUCGCCUUCGGGGAACUUUAUGCUGCCUUCCUUCUGAUGAACGAUGAUCCCAGUUUGAAGCACUUGGACUGGCGACGCAUCAUUCAGCUCGGCGCAAUUCCCUCCCUCAUCUUGCUGUCCUUUAGCAUCCCCUUCCUGCUGCAAUCGCCGACAUACCUGCAACUCAAAGGACGUCAUGCCGAGGCAGUUACGGUUCUGGAGAGCAUGCGCAGAGAUAAUCAAGCCGACGACGUCUCAUUAGAUUUCAGGCUUCCGCCCAACCCGACGUCACGAAAUUCGUCAGAAGGUAUGCUAGACUUGCUUCUGAAGCAGGGCAAGGUCAUUUUGGGUGCCAAGCUGAUGGUGCCCACACUUGUCGUGUCGUUUACAUGCUUUGAGCUCAACCUGCUAUACUAUGGCUGCAUCUAUGCCUUUCCACAGGUGCUUUCUGAUUUGGUUGCUGAGGGGGCUGCGCAGCAAUUGCUGGUUGGUGCAUUGUGGGAAAUCCCGGGGGUCUUCAUCGGCAUGGGCCUCGGGGUCAUGUACCUCAGGAAGACCGGCAUCAAGUUCUACCUAACCUUAGCUGCCAGCGUGACUUUGCUCUUCAUCAUUGGAGGGAACAAUCGCAACAGACACUGGGCUUUUGACAUCGCACUCUAUGCCGGCUACUACGGGAUCAAGUUGACGCCGAAUAUAGGUUUUGUGCUGGUCUACCAGGUUGCCAACGAAAUCUACCCUGCCGAGGCGAGGACCUUUGGCUGCGGGAUUUGUCUUGCCUGUGGGCGCCUUGCGGCCAUGCUGGGACCGCUGGUUUUCGAAGGGCUCUUUGCGUUCACCGGCACCUGGCUCUCCUUUUUCUUGAUGAUGGCCGGCUUCGCAGUUCUGAACCUGUACUUGGUCGACCUCAUCCCGGAGACGGCGAACAAGAUCCUCGAUGAUCUACGGAAGCCAAGCAAGUGA